CCUUCCUCUUUCCUUUUCUCCCAUCAAGCCUUGUUUUUCACUCUUUGUUUGUUUACAAUUACAUCUCCUUUUUGCACCCAAACCAAACCACCACAAAACCAACUAUUUCUCUCUCUCUCUCUCUCUCUCUCUGUUAGAGAAAGAAGGUAGAAGUGGUGGAGGAGGUGGUGGAUAAUUAUACCCAACAUCCAUCCAUGGAGUACUUCUCAAAAUCAUCUCAUGAAAGAACAGAGAACCCAUCACCAUCUCCCUCAAACUCACCCACCACCACCACCAAUAAUGGCAGUAUCACCAGUUUAAGCAGCAGCAACGUCAAUAACCACAGCAACAACAAUGGAGUUCAAACUCCAGCGCCAAAGCCCACCACUCCCAGAUCUGACCCCAACAACCCUUACCCAACGACGUUUGUUCAAGCCGAUACCUCUAACUUCAAACAAGUGGUUCAAAUGCUCACAGGCUCCACUGAGACAAUUAAACAAACACCUUCGAGGCAACCCCAGGAGCAGAGGAAUUUCAACAUACCACCCAAGAAACAAGGCUUCAAACUCUACGAAAGGAGGAAUUGCAACAACAACAGCAACAGUAAUCUUAAAAAUAGCCUUAUGAUCAACACCCUGUUGCCGAAUUUUGCUGCGAAUAACUCCGGUUUCUCUCCGAGAAAGCCUGAGAUCUUGUCCCCGAGCCUGCUUGAUUUCCCGUCCUUGACUCUCAGUCCCGUCACGCCGUUGAACGACGAUGCCUUUAACAAGUCGAUGUCUCCGUCGCCGUUGUUAGCGAUGAAUAAUACUCCGUCGUUGGAAGAAGAGAGAGCGAUUGCCGAGAAGGGUUUUUACUUGCAUCCUUCACCCAGAGACCCAGCCGAGCCACCUCAGCUUUUGCCUUUGUUUCCGGUCACUUCGCCCAGAGUUUCUGGCUCCGCCGCAGCUUCGUCUUGAGGAAGAUUCUUAUUAAUGGAAGAAUUAUUAGGCUAUUGAAGAAAAGAAAAAAAACCAAAAAACAAAGUAAGUAUAAUUAUUUUAACUUUGUUGAUUGAAAAAAAAAAAGAAGUAAUUCUGAGUGUUUGAUUUGAGAUCCAGCUCCUUGCUCCCAAUUUGUACAAUUUCUCUUCUUUUCCAUAAGGAUGAUGAUAACCAAAGAAAAAAACUUUUUCUUCAGAGUUUCAAGUCUUUUUUUAAAUAAAUUAUUUAAUAUUCUGGGA